ACACAGCACUUCUCCUGGCCGUCAAGGUAGGACGAGAGUAUUCCUUUAUCGAGAAGAUGGUUAAUAAGACGCCGCCAGACUUACUCACUCAGACGGACAACUCAGGCAAUACAGCACUUCAUGCGGUGGCACAGCUUGGAAAUGUCAAAAUAGCAAAGCUGCUCGUGGACAAAAAUGGAGAAUUGCUGAAUUUUUUCAACAACGAUGGUUUGUUGCCAAUCCAAGUUGCCGCAAAUCGAUGUCACAAACGGAUGACUUCAUACUUGCUCGAUAAAUUCCUGACGAAUAAUUAUUCUAAUCUACUUGAAGAUGCAACUGCUGGCAGCGUUUUGCUAUCUCUAGUAAAAGCAAAAUUUUAUGAUUUGGCUCUCUACUUGCUUAAAGAAAAACCCGAGUUGGUACGUGUGAAUGUUUCUCAUUUGGAGCUGAUGGAAACUUCUGUUUCCCGAAGUGGGGAGAUUUUGGAGCUGAUGGCCGAGGAACCUUCUGUUUUCAAAAGUGGAACAUGCUUCGGCAUUUGGGGGUCCUUAAUCUAUUCUUGUUAGUCUCCCUUUCACCCUCUUAUUCAUUAUCAUAUUUCUUCUUAUUCAUUAAACUUGCGUUGUACCAUUCGACAUUUCCAUUAGAGUCUUUCCAGGUCCUGAGUUGUAUCUGAUUACAGCUAAUGGGUUUAACCAGGAGGUUCCACGAACUCCUACUUGGUUGUGAGCCAAAGAUCGUAUCUUAUCCUUCAUGGCUUCUUGCCACUUUAAUAGAGUAGGAACAUAAAAUGACUUGACUCUAUGAGAUUUAUCUACAACAUGACCAAUAUCACUCUCACCAAGCUUGAACAUAAUCACCCAAUAAAAUAGAUAUCCUUUCUCUGAGUGUGUGUGAAUUGUGAUGUGGACUUCUAG